AUGUUCACUUCUUUUACUCUGUCUUCUACUAACACUGAUGGGCAUAUGCACUUUCUAUCAUUUUUUUUAUUGUUUUUCUUCCUUGAUGCUCCUUCUUUUCUUCGUCCUUUUCGUUUUCAGCAUAUAAAUUCUUUUAAUACUUUCGAGCGCGUUGCUAAUUCGCCACAGUUUUUCGUCAUAUCAGGCUAUCGCAGGAAGCCAAUGAGAUGUUCGCUUCCUCAAUUUGCGACAUCAAAUGAUUUCGCUCUAGAAGACUUUACCACUCCCUCUCUCUCAUUUUUUUUCUAUUUAUUGUUGUAUUUCUCUUCUCCUCCGCCUUCUCUUCCUACUUUGUCCGCCUUGAUUAUUUUUACUUUGCUUUCCUCCCUUUUAAUUUUCUCUCAUGAGAUUUUUCUUUAUUUAAUAUUCCAUUCCUUCCUUUCUUUAUUUGAUUCGUUUUUCACAUUUCACCCUCUUAAUUUAAUUUCUCUUUCGUCUUUUUUCCCAUUUUACUUUGAAUGGUACACCGCAAAAUUUGCCUGGAUUUCUUUUCUUUUUUCUUUCCUUCCUUCCUUCCUUCCUUCCUUCCUUCCUUCCUUCCUUCCUUCCUUCCUUCCUUCCUUCUUGUUCGAACUCGCACUAUUUUUAUCGUCUUCGAUUUCUUUCUUUUUCUUUCUUUCUUUCUUUCUUUCUUUCUUUCUUUCUUUCCUUCUUUCUUUCUUUCUUACAUCACAUCUGAUUCUUUCCUUCUUUUUUUUUUUGUCUGUCUAUCUGUCUUUCUUUCUUUCCUUUAUUUUAUUCCUAUUUCUUAAAUUAUUUUCUUUUCUUUAUUCUUUUUGUUUCUUUAUUUCUUUGUUUCAUUGUUCCUUUCUUUUUUCUUUCUCACUCGAACUCCUUUUUUUCCACCUAUUUCAUAUCAUUUACUUUCCUCUUUCAUUUUACCUUCUUUCCUUUCUUUUUCAUCAUUCCUUUAUUUUGUUUGUUUCUUUCUUUUUAAAUUUUCUCAAUUCAGUCUUUCGUCUUCGUACCGAAUUUUUCUAUCUUCUUUUCUUCUUAAUUAUCACGACUAUUUUCUGUCUUCUUUUUAUGUCAAUUGUCCGCUUCUUUCUUUCUUUCUUUCUUUCUUUCUUUCUUUCUUUCUUUCUUUCUUUCUUUCUAUCUUUCUUUCUUUCUUUCUUUCUUUCUUUCUUUCUUUCUUUCUUUCUUUCUUUCUUUCUUUCUUUCUUUCUUUCUUCUGAAUCCUUUCCUAUUUUUCCUUUCUUUUUCUCACAAUUCUUUCCCUAA